CCUCCGCCCUCUUGGCUCCACCGUGAGGAGCUGGGCGCGGUGCCGGCCCCCAGCCCGUCUCCCGGAAGGCCCGAGAGACCAGAUUGUCACACUGAUGUCCUCAUCAAGAUUUGCCAAGAACUGAAUCACACUGUGGGCACACAAUUGUUCGGUGGACACUAUCUCAAAAUGACAAUCCACUGGCCUCCUUUUUCCUAGAAGCUUACCUUGCAGGAGGGUGAAACAGCUGGAUCAAAUUUCUGAACUUCCUUCAUGUGAUGUUAUGCUUGCGGCUUCAACAGGAUUCACAGUUCCAUGACUUCCAAAACAUUUAGACAGAAAUAAGCAGAUGUCUACACUUUCCUGAAAUUCCAUAUUAGGCAGCUAUCUUUGGACAGUAUCAGGAUUGGGGUAUUAUUCCAACAUACAGUUCAAUUUGAAGACUCAUAGCAUAGAUGAAAAAUCUGAGAGUCCUUUUUUACAAACUGUUUAAGAUGGACACAGUGUUAUUAAUUUGGAGAAGAGACUAGUAACUUCCUAGGCAGUGUGUCAUUACUUACAUGAAUAACAGCUGCUACUGAAGCAAUUACUCAGAUAUAGUGUGGGUUUUUUUAGUGUGUAUUGAAAAAGUAUUAGAAAUUCUGCAAUAACAUUACCUGCUUUGAUAAAAUAGUCAUAUAAUCAAUGUCAUUUUUAUGUUAAAGUAGCAAGUUUUUCAAUUUGAAAGUAAUUUUUUAAACCAGAUUUAACCCUUUUAAUUACUUAUUAUUUAUUUGAGAAUUCCCCCUUCCCCCCAUAACAUGAAAUCAACUGGUAAUCAUGCAGUAAGAAAUUUCUGAUAUAGGUAUUUAUUUCUGCCAAUAUAAAAUGAAAGUGUAAAUAACCAGUUCAUGUUAAAUUGUUUUAAGUAGUUGAUGAUGAUGAUAUUUGAAUCUUCACAGAAAUAAAGGAGGUUUAGCUUCCUGGGAAUUGGUUCAGGACUGUUCAGUUUUUCUUUGUUUGCACUGCAAAUUUACAUAUGUUUCAUAGUGACACGUAUCAAAAUGAAAAAUGUAGCCUAAUUAUCAUUGUAGUCCUAUAUACAGCUGUAGGGCAGACUAACUUGUUCCAAUUUCUCUAUAUUAUGAAUCUGUGACUAUUUAAAAUGGUGGUAUUUAUAGCUUUAGCCAGUUAAUUUAUAAAACACAAUAUUUAUCUGUAUGAAUUAAUUAUUUGAAAAUUUAACAUGACUGCCAGGAAAAUAAGUUAAUGAAGUUUUGUGGCAUUUUAUGUUAAAAUUUGAAAUUUUGUAUUUAUUGCACAAAAUUAUAUUUUCUCAAAAAAAAAAAAUACAAAAAGCAUGUCUGGAAAACCACAAAUCCAUAUUUUUUUGGGAGCACCCAUCAUUCCAACCCCACUGGAGGUGUCGGAGGAACAGAGUUUUUCGGUAGUCACUACUGAAACAUGGAAAGAACUCCACCUUUCAUCUGACAAACAUGCCUUCCAUCUUUUUGCUGGAAAAUGCAAAAGCAUGGAUCAUGUGGAACAUCAGGCACCAGACCCUAGAGACCCAACUGUUCACACAAGAGAUCAUUUCUCUGUGAACUCUGAAAUGGGAAGGUUUGGAGUGGCAGAAGAUUAUUUAACAUCAUGUGUACCUGUAGUUGAAGGGAUGGAAACUCAUGGCAGUACAUUGAAGAGGACUGGUGAUGUAACUUCCUAUGGUUAUCAAAUAUCUGGAGAUAGAGACACAUGCAAAAAUAUGAGUCAAGUUGAAUAUCAACAGCUUCCUAGUAUAUUUACAAAAACAGAUGGACAGUGUACAAAACCCUCAAAGGACUGUUUUCCAAACCUCUCUGAAAAAGGUGUCAGCCAUCUGGAAGAUAAGUGCUGUGAUAUUUCUGAUUUGGUUUCCAGUACUAAACAGAUUAGCAUAGAUUUAAGGUCUAUGGGAAAAGAAGACGUUCCAUCAGACAAUCAUAGUGUCCAUCAUGAACAUCUUAGUCAGUACCUGGAAAUGUUUUUUCCCAAAAUAGCAAAGGCGUCAAAUACAAAAAAACCACUGCGUGAUUGUUCAGACUUUGCGAUAUCAACAGACACCGAAUUUCUUAGUAUAAUGACAUCAAGUCAAGUUGCCAUUCUUGCACAAAAGCACUUUAAAGAACAGAAUAAAAUGCAGAAAGAAGCCAUGAAACUAAAGGGAAUAGAAGCAGGAAAAAAAUAUAGAGAAAAUAAAGUAGUUUUAAAUGAAUCUUUCCAGACUAAUUUUGUUGUUGGAGCAUGCACUAAUGUGGCAGAGACUGACCAGCAACAAGAGUCUGCAAACUCCCUUGAACUUUUCAGUUCGGAGAGUGCUGGGAACAUUAUCUGUCUUGAGUCUACAAGAAGAGAAACAAGUUCUCAGGAAAAUGCAGAGGACUCUCAAGAACUUGUCAGUGUUGCUGAUGAACAACUGCUGAAUGAGAUCCAUAUUGAACCAUUGAGCACAGGAAUAUUGUGCUCCCAACUAGAUAAUUAUAAUAAGGGCUCUUCUAAAAGAGCCCGAACAUCUGAAGAUGCCCUAAGUAUUUCUUACUCUACACUUAAAACUCAGCAGACAUCAAAGAGAGCUAAAUUGGUUUGGUCUCCAACCAGUCCUGAAACAAAAGUGGAUCAAGAGAGAUUGUCAAAGUUUUGGAAACUUCAGAAGAAUCCAUUGCUACUUAAAAACUGCUGCGGCAAGAGCCAGAAGUACAGUGUUUUGGUCACAGUAGUACAUCCUUGUCAUGUCAAAGAAAUACAGAUAAAGUCAAGACCAAAAGCUUCCUCUAAAGUUCCCAUAGCAACUAUUGUAGUUAUUGACCAGUCAGAAAUAGAGAGGAAGGUUGUGUUGUGGCGGGCUGCUGCAUUUUGGUCACUUACAGUGUUUCCUGGAGAUAUUGUACUACUUACAGAUGUCACUGUGUAUGAGAACCAUUGGUAUGGAGAAAUGAUGCUGCAGUCAACAUUUACCAGUCAGUUAUUUAAUCUGGGGAGCUGCUCAGCUAUCGAUCCCAAAGAAUUUUCCCAUGUUGUAGACGUUGAUGUUCUCCAAGAUUUAUUGGCAUAUGUGUCUUCAAAAUUUGCCUACUUCAGAGAUCUCCCACACAGACAACCGCAGAAGUUGGAUCGCAUACAGCACGUCCAGCUAGAUCGACUUCAACCAGAUACAUUGGUGCAUUCAGUACUAAAACUUGUCAGCAUCACUAUACUAACAGAGUCUGUAUACAGUUACAAAGGAGAAAAGCAAAGAAAAAUUAUUCUAACCGUGGAACAGAUCAGAGAUCAGCACUUUCUGAUGGUAUUAUGGGGAGCAGGGGCAGCCUGGUGUCCUCAACUUCAAAGGAAAAAGGAUCACAUAUGGGAAUUUAAAUAUCUACUUGCCCAACAUAGUUCUAUUUCAGGUGACCUUGAACUGCACACAACUCCAUGGUCAUCCUGUGAGUGUCUGUUUGAUGAUGAUAAAAGGGCAGUUGAAUUUAAAGAGAAGUUUCAAAAAAGUGAAAAGUCUCUCAUGAAAAUGACAAAUCUGUCAACACACCUGGAGGGAAAAUGUUCAGGAGUGAUUCAAUUGAAAGCCCAUGUCUUAGACUUGAAGUUUACCAUUGCUACUCCCCAGUACAGGCAACUCAUCUUAGAUGCUGACACUUCAUUAGAAUGUAUUUUGGCUUCUCUUCCUAUGAUCAUCUAUUCUGGUUGUGCAAAAUGUGGGUUGGAACUACAGACCGAUGAGAACAAGAUCUACAAGCAGUGCCUUAGUUGCUUACCAUUUAACAAAGUGAGAAAGUUCUACAGACCAGCCCUGAUGACUGCAGAAGACAAAGGAUGUGAGAUUUGUAUUCAAGUGGUGUCAGAGUUGAUGGAGAAAAUAUUCCUUAAUAUUCCUGCAGACUGGCUGAACAGAUUCAUAGAGCCUCCCUCAGAUACAACCUAUGGCAUGAUAGUAGCAGACCUGUGCCACUCGCUGCUAGCAGACACCGAAGCAUCCUAUCUGUUGGACAUUAGAAGCCAUUUUGUGCUGGAUGAAAACAGCUAUCCUUUGCAACAGGAUUUCUUUCUGCUGGAUUUCCAUCCUGAUCUCUGAAGCCCUGUCCUCACAGUGACUGAUUAACAGAGACCUUAUGGACAAGCAUAUUGCAAAAAAAGAGAAGAAAAAUUAAUUAUCUCAUGGAAGGAAGCUGUAAAAAAACACAGUGAAAAAGGGUUUUAUCUUUACUUUGUACCAAAAGCUAAAAGACUAAAAAUGAAAAUCCACCAAUUGUAUAUAUUGCUUCUGUAGUAUUUUAUGAAUUGUCAUAUAGUGAUUUUAUAUCUAUAU